AUGGCUUCGGCUUGCGUUAACAACAUCAGCAUGUCGCCGGAGAAUUUUUCUCCGGCAAGUUACCCGUCCUACGGCUGGUUGAGUCCGCGUAUCUCCUUCAGCCGUGAAGAGGAUGCCUCCAAGCAACCAGGAUCCUCUAAGUCCGCCUCAUGCGAUACUCCAGCGGAAGAUCCGUCCGAGAUUCUAGAUCCUGUUGACUUUGAGUUCCGCCUGGAUGAUCCUGUGACUAUGCUCCCGGCCGACGAGCUUUUCUCCGACGGUAUGCUGAUGCCGUUGCAAGUCACGAGCAUCAAGCCUGUUAAUGCUGUGAGCGAGAUCAGGUCGCCGGAGACUGCAAAGUCUUGCCGUAGAAUGGAGAUGGAAAUAUCUAGCACUGACCCUUAUUUUUCUCCAAAAGCCCCCAGGUGUUCUAGCCGAUGGAAGGAGCUGUUAGGGUUGAAAAAGCUCUACCAGAACGCUAACGGUAAAGCUGAAGCCCACAAAACGACAUCCGCAUCUUCUUCUAACCCUAACCCAAAAUCUUUAAAGCAUUUCCUCCAUAGAAGCUCAAAAUCCUGCAGUUGCAACUCUUCUUCUUUAGAUCACUCUUUGAGCUUGCCAUUGUUAAAGGACUCCGAUUGCGAGUCCGUUUCCAUUUCAUCAUCUCGAUUGUCCCUUUCGUCCUCGUCCUCGAGCCACGAGCAUGAAGAUCUCCCUAGACUCUCUCUUGAUUCGGAGAAGCCAAACCCGAGUUUAAACUCCCUCCAAAAUCCAAAUCCGGACCCAAAUCCAUUUGUUAUCAAUCGAAAUCCUAACCAAAAUCCUCCUAGAAUGAGAAUGGUGAAGCCCAGGUCAGAUUCCAAUUGUAGUAACAAUAGCAAUGGUAGCAAUAAUCCCACGGCUGGUACGAGAGUGGGGAGGAGCCCGAUGAGGAGGGCGGUUGGGGAAUCCAGUGGGGUGACAAGCAGGGGGGUUUCUGUAGACAGUCCGAGAAUGAAUUCAUCAGGAAAGAUAGUAUUUCAGAGUUUGGAGAGAAGUUCUAGCAGUCCGAGUAGCUUUAAUGGGGGUCCAAGAUUCAAGCAAAGGGGAAUGGAGAGGUCAUAUUCGGCAAACGUGAGAGUGACUCCGGUUCUCAACGUUCCUGUUUGUUCCCUGAGAGGAACAUCCAAGUCAGUCUCCGUAUUUGGGUUUGGUCAGCUGUUCUCUUCGUCUCCGCAAAAAAGAGAAGGGAGCAACAAGGGGCAGCAGCAGCAGCAACAACAACAGCAGCAGAUGAAUCGCAGGAACCGAACUGAUCGAACGUAACAGUGAAGCUUAGAAGCGAGACGGGUAACAACUACUACGAUAUCAUUUAGCAUUUAAGAGUUUGUUUUGUGGUAUUCUUGAGAUUUCUGUAAUGGGAUUUUCAUCAUUUUUUUUUCCCUUUAUCCUGGUUUAAGCGGAAGCCAAUUUACUAUAUGAAAUUGGGAUGUUGUAUAUAAGCGGCAGGGGGUCUUUUCGUUCUGUUGUUUGUUCAUGUCGUUCCCUUAUCUCUGUAUUGUUGUCUUUCUUGUUCUACUGAUCUAACGACCAGCUAAUCCUGUAGUUGUUUCUUGACCGAAAGAUAUGGAAUCUCUCUGGUUUUUCUGAUUGGGAAUGGUAAGCUGCGUUUGUUGUGCACGCGCUUCAGCAA